UGCAGCUCAUACUGCUGUGGCGCGCGGAGCACUGUCCCACGUGUCGCCCUUGAGUGCGGCUCCGUGUUCCUCCAGUUCCUUUCGCCUCUGCGAUCCAGGGUGCCCCUUCGGCCCCCUUGGUGUCUUCCCACCCCUGGCCCACGUGAGAAGGGUCCGCACAGUUCCCCGCACUCAGUGGGCCAACUUGGAGGAGCAACUUUGUCAGUGGAGCGGCGCCGGAGGGUACUGGGCACUGCGCAUGCGGAGCUCCAAAUUCAAACAGCUGUUUCCAGAGGCUGCAGGGCCCGUGGACCGGGCGCUGCUGGGGUUAAGGGAGGUUUUCUACAGGAGGCGGCCUCUCGAGAACCAUGGUGGACCGGGGCCCUCUGCUUACCUCGGCCAUUAUCUUCUACCUGGCUAUCGGGGCGGCGAUCUUCGAGGUGCUGGAGGAGCCGCACUGGAAAGAGGCCAAGAAAAACUACUACACACAGAGACUGCAUCUGCUCAAGGAGUUCCCGUGCCUGGGCCAGGAGGGCCUAGACAAGAUCCUGCAGAUAGUAUCUGAUGCUGCAGGACAGGGCGUGGCCAUCACAGGGAACCAGACCUUCAACAACUGGAACUGGCCCAACGCCAUGAUUUUUGCAGCCACGGUCAUCACCACCAUCGGGUAUGGCAACGUGGCCCCCAAGACCCCCGCUGGGCGCCUCUUCUGUGUCUUCUAUGGGCUCUUUGGGGUGCCGCUCUGUCUGACAUGGAUCAGUGCCUUGGGCAAGUUCUUCGGGGGACGUGCCAAGCGGCUGGGCCAGUUCCUCACCAAGAGAGGCGUGAGCCUGCGCAAGGCGCAGAUCACGUGCACGGCCAUCUUCAUCUUGUGGGGCGUGCUGGUCCACCUGGUGAUCCCACCCUUCGUGUUCAUGGUGACGGAGGAGUGGAACUACAUCGAGGGCCUCUACUACUCCUUCAUCACCAUCUCCACCAUCGGCUUCGGCGACUUUGUGGCCGGUGUGAACCCCAGUGCCAACUACCACGCUCUGUACCGCUACUUCGUGGAGCUUUGGAUCUACCUGGGGCUGGCCUGGCUGUCCCUCUUCGUCAACUGGAAGGUGAGCAUGUUUGUGGAGGUGCACAAGGCCAUUAAGAAGCGGCGGCGGCGGCGGAAAGAGUCCUUCGAGAGCUCCCCACACUCCAGGAAGGCCCUGCAGGUGGCGGGGAGCGCGGGGUCCAAGGACGUCAACAUCUUCAGCUUUUUGUCCAAAAAGGAGGAGACUUACAAUGACCUCAUCAAGCAGAUCGGGAAGAAGGCGAUGAAGACCAGCGGGGGUGGGGAGCGGGUCCCGGGACCGGGGCUGGGGCCCCGGGGGGGUGGGCUGCCAGCCCUGCCCACCUCCCUGGCCCCCCUAGUGGUCUACUCCAAAAGCCGGGUGCCCAGCUUGGAAGAGGUGUCCCAGACACUGAGGAGCAAAGGCCACAUGGCGCGGCCCCCUGAUGAGGAGGUCGAGGCGGGGCCCACUGAGCAGGGCUCCCCCACCUCUGAGGUGUUCAUUAACCAGCUGGACCGCAUCAGCGAGGAGGGCGAGCUGUGGAAUGCCCAGGACUACCACCCGCUCAUCUUCCAGGACACCAACAUCACCUUUGUGAACGAGGAGGCUGGCGUCUCAGACGAGGAGACGUCCAAGUCCUCGCUUGAGGACAACCUGGCUGGGGAGGAGAGGCCCCAGGAGGGGGCCACGGCCGAGGCACCCCUGAACCUGGGCGAGUUCCCCUCGUCGGACGAGUCCACCUUCACCACCAGCACCGAGUCGGAGCUCUCCGUGCCUUAUGAACAGCUCAUGAACGAGUACAAUAAGGCAAACUGCCCCAAAGGCACAUGAGGCAGGCCCGGCUCCCCACCCCACCUUCGAUGGCUUCUGUUCUCAACCUGGGCGUCCUGCUGUGGCUGGGAUGCCUGGCCCCUGGUGGGGGGCAGCCCUGGAACUGGGAGUGGGGGGCCAGGGGCCUUCCUCACCUCCAUCCCCUGCAGCUAGACGCUACCAGUCAGACAUGGCGCGCCCAGGACAGGGCUCUGUUCUCCAGCUGUGAACGGGCAUCCUGGCAGUUGGGGGCGUCUGUCCUGAGCAUGGCUGGUGUAUCUGAUGGUUCAAAGACACACAUGGGUUGGCAGGACUGAUCCCGGGGAGGCCUGCACCUGUGCGGGUCUCCACCCUGUCAUUCGGUUAAGAAUGUCACACGGUUCUCUGAGGCUGAGGGACUUCAGUCAUUUGUGUUCACCAGUAUUAAUGCAGUCCUUCCGUGUGCCUGGCACUGAAGGCAGCAUUUUGGAGAGAAGGUGGAGGCGAUAUAAGACCCCAAGGACAGUGGUGAUGUGAGGUGCUGGGCACAUCAGUGCCUCAGCAGUUGCAGGGUCCUCCUGGGGCAUGAAUUUAACCAUCUCCCAGUCCCACCUCAUCUGCCUGUCACCCCUACUGCAAACCUCAGUAGGGAAGAGGCCAUCAAGGGGGAGGGGAGGGGAGCUGAUGGGCAGGUGCUGAAACACUCCUGAUAUGAGGGACCCCAAGCAAUUUCCAUGUGUGGUCCAGGGUCCCAGUCCUUCCUGUGGACUCACUGGGGUGGAGCCCAGCCCAGAGCCCGGUUCCCUGUCCCAGACACCUUUUGGCCAAGCAAUGGCAGGUGCCUUUCUGCCUCCCAGGAAGUGGUGGGAGAGAGGCUGGCAGGCCGGGGCCAUGGAGGCUGGGGUUCCUGGAGCUGGCAGCUGGGGGGCUGCAGGAGUGGGAUCAGCUCCAGCUCAUUCAGCCUCCCCUCCCGGCCCGCUGUCUUCUCGCUCCCUGGGCCCAGAAUAAGGACCUCACCACUCCCCAGCUCUCUCUUGGCUCACAAGCAGGGACUGGCCAAAUAUGUGAAUCAUGCUCCUCCCUCUUGUUUGCUGCUGUUCGUUUGUGUGUGUGUGUGUGUCUGUCUGUCUGUCUGUCUGUCUGUCUCUGUCUAAGAAAGGAAAGGAUUUGCCAUGGGGGGAGCAAAAGAUAAUGUGAAACUGUACACAGACCGUUUCUGGUGAGGGGCAGGCAGGGUUCUUGGGUUCUCCGUGGUGUGCAGCCCAGGGCCGGCCCACUCUGCCCUGCAUGUUUUGUCUUGUUCUUUUUCAAGUGAACUGCUGUUUUUAAUAGACCCGGCGUCUGCUGUUAGCUUCAGAGCUGCAGGGGAGGACAGGUGAAAAGAGCAGUGUCCCAAGGAUCGGGAUGUCUCGUGUCCACUCUCCUACCCGCCCCCCAGCCCAGCUGGGCCUUUCUCGGUGACCUCGGCCAAGGUCACCGUGUCAGAGAGGGGCAGGGGGCACGGAUCAGCAGGCAAGCACAGUCCAGGAGGGGCCUCCGUUGCAGGCUACUGGAUGCUGGGCAGGUGAGCGACCACCUCGACCCAAACACCUCUCUGCCUGUCAGCCCCCUCCUCAGUACUGUGGGGCCAAAGAAGGCCAGAACCCCACCCACCCCCAGCAGUGAAGAUGGUGAUGGGCGCGGGUAUCCAUACCUCUGCUCAUCCUGUGACCCAGGGGUCUGCAGGUCCGGCAGUGGGCUGGGAAGGACUGGCCUUCUGUUUUUCUGUGAAAUAUUUUAAGGAGCUCGUCUUAGUUUCCUCAUCCCACCUGGCUGGGGUGUGUCUGGCUGUCCUGGAAUCACAAACACUGUAUGUACAUACUGGCAAUGAUGCCAAAUGUAAUUUAUUUUCACAUUUUUUACAAUAAAACAUGAGAUAGACAA